AAAGAGGUGAAAACAUCCCUUGAAAAUAAAGAAAAACAGUUGAUGAAGUCGCAGCAGGAAUGGGAUAAGAAUAAAGAAGCAUUGACUUUGAGAAUCAAAGGGCUUGAAAUGCAGCAAGAACAGUUGACUCAGAGUUUGGCAUUGGCGCAGCAGCAGAUAGAAGACAAGGAAACAAAAAUCCAAGAGACAGAAAGAGAAUUUGGAAAAUUAAAAGAAGAAAAGGCAAAUCUGGAAGGUCAACACGCUAUGAUGACACAGUCUUUGCAAGAGAAAAGUGCUGAAAUGACAAGAGAAACAAGUCGKCUCAAUGAAGAGAAUAAAUCAUUAAGAGAUAAGAUGUCACAGCAAGGUGAAACCAAUAAAGAAGAGAUGUCUAAUUUGAUGACGACAUUGAGAGGAGUCAAAGAAAGACAUGAGCAAGCCAAGGUGCAAAAUGARGAGAAAGAUAAACAGCUACAAAGUCARAAAGAACAAAUUUCUCAGCUAAGUACYGAUCUAUCUGAAGCUCAAGACACAAUGAUGGAWCUUGGUGAGGUAAAUACAACUUGA